AUGUCGCGCCAUCACCCUGAUCUCGUCAUGUGCCGCAAGCAAGCCGGCAUCGCCAUCGGCCGCCUCUGCGACAAGUGCGACGGCAAAUGCCCCGUGUGCGACUCCUACGUGCGCCCCACGACGCUCGUCCGCAUCUGCGAUGAGUGCUCCUUUGGCAACUACCAGAACAAGUGCGUCGUCUGCGGCGGCGCCGACGUGACGCGCUCGUUUCUUGGCUCGGCGGCCUCUUCGUUCUCCAACGUUGCCGACGACGGUCCUGGUGUCUGGGAUUCCAGCAGCCGUCUUCUG